ACUGCUACCACUGCUAUCGCCACGGCCUUUUCUGGAUAUGCAACUGAACUACUGCUAUCGCUACGACACCUCCUACCACCACUGAUUUCCACCUCAGACUCUCCCUCUUGCGGUGUAGCACCAACUCGAACGUAAACCAGUUCUUCCUCGUCAUCGAUCAUGACAACAUCUGAGGAGAUUCUUCAAAUCGAUGGUUCCAUCUACGAAGGUGGUGGUCAAAUACUCCGUAAUGCUAUUGCCUUUAGUUGCCUUUUACGACGACCGGUCAGAGUAUGGAAUAUACGAGCUGGACGAAGCAAUGCAGGAUUACGAUCUCAACAUAUGACUGGAAUAAAGUUAAUCAGUGCUAUGUCUAACGGAAGGCUGGACGGUGCCACAAUUGGCUCCACUGAAAUCACGUUUUAUCCUGCUACUGUCAAAGCUGGUCGUUAUGAAGCUGAUACACAAACUGCUGGGAGUGUAUGUCUGCUGAUGCAAGCUGCUGUCCCUUGUAUGGUGUUUGGCAAUGGGAGUAUUGAACUACGGUUGUUAGGGGGCACCAAUGCAGAAAUGGCCCCCCAAAUUGAUUACCAGCUUUUGGUGUUUAAACCAAUUGCUGCAAAAUUUGGUUUAUAUUUCGAUUGUGAUAUUGAACGAAGGGGUUACUAUCCUAAAGGUGGUGGUGAGGUGUACGUGAGAUCAGAACCUGUGAAAUACCUGAAACCUGUCACUUUGACUGAUGUCGGACACGUCACUAGUAUCUACGGACGCUCGUUUGUAUCUGGGCAACUCCCGCCUAAAGUUGCAAGGCUAAUGGCUGACACAGCAAAGGCCACCCUGAAGCAGAAGAUGAACAAUAUACCCAUCAAAAUGGAUGUUGUGAAGGAACCGAACCCAAACACAGCUUCUGGAAUCAUUUUGGUGGCUGAAACUACAACUGGAUGUCUUUUAGCUGGCUCAGGACUUGGCAAAAGAGGACGUUCUGCAGAGGAUGUGGGUUACCAGGCUGCGUCCAGUCUUUUAGACAAUAUUUUCCAUGGUGGUUGUGUUGAUGACUAUCUACAAGAUCAGUUAAUCAUUCUGAUGGCUUUGGCUAAAGGUAAAUCCAGCAUUCGAUGUGGCCCCCUCACUCUCCAUACUGAAACAGCCAUUCAUGUUGCUAAACAACUUACUCAGGCCAAGUUUGAUGUGGUAAACCUUUCUCAGACCCAGACAAUCAUCGAGUGUGAAGGAAUUGGUUUAGAGAAUGUUGUGAUGUGAUUUGAUAUCACUUUCUUUCUUUCUCUCUCUCUCUCUCUGUCUCUCUAUUCCUUAAAUACAUGUAUUUAUGUACAUACAGACAUGCAUAUGUGUAUAAUAUAUCCAUAUAUGUGUGCAUGUAUGUAAGUAUUUUUUUAUAUAUACACACAAAGGAAGCAAUCCAGCUUUUAGAAAACAAAUAGACAUCAAAGUUGUUUAAUGGUGCACUUUACUAUGUAUAUGUAUACAUUUGUACGUACAUUGUGUGUGUGUGUGGGUGUAUAUGUAGAUAUGUGUUUGUGUUAACUAACAAAUGAAAGAAAAAAGUACUCAAUACUGAAAAUAGAGUAUAGAUAAUUUAAUUCGGUCAACUGAAACCAAUCUCACUGAAGCAACAAGUUUCCACAAAUGUUGGCUGCACUGACAGAA